GAGAGAGAGAGAGGAAUGGAGGAUUAUAAUGAGACGGAGGAGCAAGUGAGCGAGGAAAGUCCAACAGCUGGAGAAAGUGGUUUUGUUCAUGUUGACUCUAUCAUUGAUUCAUCUUCUUCUUCUUCUUCUUCUUCCAAUACUAAUUCUAUUAAUCAGGAUGAUGGGGUAGUAGUUACAAGCGUAGAUAGUGUACAGGACGAGUCGAGUGAGUUGAAAAUGGCCGAAGAUGGGGGAAAUGAAGAGUUUGUGGAUUGCCCUGAUGACUUGGUUUCUUAUGAUGGAAGGACUGAUUUUGAUGAAAGCAGAGAAGAAGAGUUAAUUCUUCAAGGCCAACAGGCAUUUGGUGAUGGUACAGAAAUUUUGCGACAUCAUUAUCAGGAAGAAAGGCGGCAGUUGAUGACAGAACUGAGUAAUCUCCGCCAUCAGCUGAAGGGUUUUGUGAAGCAACAUCAAUUGAUUGGUGGUAAUGAUGGUGAGUCACUUACAGAUGAACUGACGUCAACAUUGCCUUUGCAUGAGAUGAUAAAUGACUGUUCCAGGUUUAUCGAGCUUGCUUUGAGUGAACAGUCGCAAACAGAUGGCAGAAUCAGAGACCUUCAUGCCACUAUAGAUUCAAAAGAUAGAGACAUUGAUAAUCUGAAUGCGAAGGUCAUUGAAGUGUCCUCUGCUGAGACCACUGCAGACAGGAUUUUAUCUUAUUUUACAACUGUUCUCGGUGAGGUACAACUCCUUGAUACAUCAGUUGGUGGUAAACUAUCACAUCUAGAAAAGAACACUUCAAUUAUACUUCAGAUGUACAAUCGCUUCGUUUAUGAAGUUGAGAUGCUUAACCGGUGUUUAGCUGAGGUUAAGUCAGAUUAUCAUAUGCAAACAGACAUGGAGAAAGUUUUUGUCUCUGUACGAGAAGAAUUGCUUUCUCUAAAAAGAAAAGAAUAUGAGCUGACCCAUAAAAGUAGAUAUUUGGAAGAUGAAUACAAGAAGCUGAUGCAACAACUUGAGAAAAGCAAAGAAACCUUUGAGAUGUUAAAUUCUGAGAUUGGAAAUCUCAAAGGGGAAGUUGAAGUACAUAAGGCAAGGUCUAAUAAUACCAAAGAAAAGCUUAACUUGGCUGUGACUAGAGGGAAGUCAUUGGUUCAACAACGUGAUUCAUUGAAGCAGGUGAUUCUUGAGAAGACAAAUGAAUUAGAUAAAUGUUUAAUUGAGUUGCAAGAAAAAUCAAGUGCCUUAGAGGCUGCUAAUUUACUGAAAGAAUCUCUCAUCCAAAGGGACGUGAUCCUUAGAAAGUGCGAAGAAAUGUUGACUUUUGGAGAGGAAGUCCCACCAUCAGAUAUCAUUGACAAAGUUAGGUGGCUUGCAAACGAAAGAAUGGAAUUUCAGAAAGUCAGUGAUGCAUUAUCGAUCAUAGAAUUACCCGAAGCUGCACAGUAUCCCAAGUUGGAAUCUCGAGUUAGUUGGCUGCUGGAAUCAUUUAGAAUUGCUAAAGAUGAAUCUAUUAGGCUACAUGCUGAAAUUAGUACGACAAAAGAGGCUGCACGUGCUGAGAUUGACCGUGUAACAGCAUCACUGUUGGUGGAAGCCCUGGAGAAGAACUAUCUUGAAGAAGAGUUAAUAAAUCUGAAAGAUAAGAAUGAGUCUCUGCAAGUUGAUCUUCAACGAUCCGAGGAUAAAACUGCUUUAUUGAAGGAAAAGUUAGCCAUGGCAGUUAAGAAGGGAAAAGGUUUGGUUCAAGAACGUGCUGAAAAAAAUGCUCAGAUCGAGGCACUAAAGCUUGAGUUGAAGCAGCAAGAAGCAACAACUACUGACUAUAGGGAUCAGAUUAGUAAAAUGUCAAAAGAUUUGGGACUGAUUGAAAAGUUGGAAUCUGAUCUUCUACGUGUGAGAGAAGAAAGGGAUCAAAUUGAGCAGUUCUUAGUUGAGAGCAAUACUAUAUUACAACGCGUAGUCGAAGUUACUGAUGGUAUUGUUCUUCCAGUUGAUUUAACAGAUCCCGUCGAAAAGGUCAGAUGGUGUGUGACUUGUACAAAUGAAUGUCAAGCUGCAAAGGUGAAAUCAGAGCAUGAGUUAGGAGAGGUAAAAGAUGAAGUCAGUAUGUUGACUAGUAAGUUGACUGAUGCCCUGACAACCAUGAAGUCCCUCGAAGAUGCAUUAUUGGUUUCAGAGAAACGUGUUUUUAACUUAACUGAAGAAAACAGAGAAUUCCAAACUCUAAAAACCAACACAGAAGAGGAAUUUCAGAAAGUUAAAGAGGAGGUUUCUACUCAUGCCAUCCAACUGAAUGAAGCCUUAAAAACCAUGAAAUCCCUUGAAGAUGCAUUAUCAAUUUCAGAUAAAUGUGUUUUUAACUUGACCGAAGAAAACAGAGAGUUGCAAACUCUAAAAACCAACGCAGAAGAGGAAUUUCAGAAAGUUAAAGAGGAGGUUUCUACUCAUGCUAUCAAACUGAAUGAAGCCUUUACAACCAUGAAAUCCCUUGAAGAUGCAUUAUCGGUUUCACAGCAAAGUGUUUUUCAGUUAACUGCAGAAAAAAGAGAAUUGGAAACUCUAAAAACUAACACAGAAGAGGAAUUACGAAAAGCUAAUGAGGAGAUUUUCGCUCAUGCCAGCAAAGUGAAUGAAGCCUUGACAACCAUGAAAUUGCUUGAAGAUGCAUUAUCAAUUUCAGAGAAACGUGUUUUUCAGCUAACUGAAGAAAACAGAGAAUUGGAAGCUCGAAAAGCUAACACGGAAGAGGAAUUACAGAAAGUUAAAGAGGAGGUUUGUGUUCAUGACAUCAAUCUGAAUGAAGCCUACCGGACUAUCAAGUCCCUUGAGGAUGAAAAGUCUCAGUUACAACUACAUGUUUCUCGGUUUUCCAAUGAAAAUGAGAGGGAAGUAGAUGACAGGAACUUAUUAGAGACCGAAAUAAAGAAGCUCAAAGGAGAAGCUGCAUAUCAUGAGCAUAAUUUUGUGGGUUCCUCUGCUACUAUCAAAAGUUUAGAGGAUGCAUUGUUGAAGGCCGAGAACACUAUUUCAGACCUUGCAAGAGAAAAGAAGAAUGCUGAACAGCAGAUCUCAACCCUCAAUUCUCAGUUGAAUGCAUGUACAAAAGAGUUGGCUGGAAAGCAUGAUAGAGUGUUUAUACUUGAACAGGAUCUUAAAGCUCUACAUUCUGCUUGUGCUGACGUAACCAAAGAAAUGAAAUUUAUAGGCGAGAAUAAUAUACUGGAAAUUGACUCUGUCGAUGGGCUGGGAAAGCUGAAUUAUAAUCCCUCCUCAGAUGUUGAAGCAGUUGAUAAUGUAGCAGAAGUUAUGGUUGCUGAGGAGAUGUUGUCUGCUGCUAGAAACGUUCUAAGUGUAAUUGAACAUUGCGUCGAUGUAAAACAGAACAUGUCCACCACAGUUAAAGAUUUGCAUGCCGAAUUAGAGAAAACCAGGUCUAUGUAUGACAUAGUCAAAGAAGAAAAUAAUGUAUACGGAAAAAGAGUUAUAAAGUUGGAGAACCAAGUAGAAGCAUUGCAGGCCGAAUUAGGGAAAACUAGGUCAAUGUGUGACAGAGUCAAAGAAGAAAAUAACGUAUACGAAAAUAGAGUUCUAAAGUUGGAGACCGAACUAGAAGCAUUGCAGGUUGAAUUAGGGAAAACCAGGUCAAUGUAUGACAAAGUCAAAGAAGAUAAUAACAUAUUUGAAAACAGAGUUCUGAAGUUGGAGACUGAACUAGAAGCAUUCCAAAACCUGCAUGCUGAAAUGAGCAUCAAGUUGCAAGAAUACCAGGCAAAAGAGAAUGAGCGGGAUAAAAGAGAAGCAGAGUUUUCUAAGCAAACUACUGCAUUCAUGAAAGAUCAUGAGGCUGAAAAUGAUCUUCUGCCAGCUUCUGAAGUAAAAUCUCUGCUUAAUAAGAUAAAUGGGAUCACAAUUCCUUUCCCAAACAUAAGGGUAGGAGAGGUGGAGGCUCAUGAUUCAGACCCUAUGAAAAAGCUCUUCUAUAUAAUUGAUAGUGUAAUUGAAUUGCUGGAUCAUAUCACCCUAUUGUCUCAUUCCAGAGAAGAGCUUCAGUCAACUCUUUCACAGAAAGCCCUUGAAAUUGAACAUUUGAAAGAGGAACUUGAAGAAGCCGUUAAGGACAAGAAAGACUUUGAGAAAAUGAAGAAGGAACUAUUUGAGUUAUUAGUAGGCUUUGAACAUAGUAUCAGAAAAUUUGGAUAUGAUGAGUCUGAUGGAGGCAAGAAAUCUGCUGAUGUGGCAGGACCACUCCCGGUUCUAGAGAAGCUUAUUCAUUACAUUAUCUUGGAAAGCGAAAAUUCAAAAGCUAAAGCUGAGGACUUGGGUGUCAAGUUGCAAGAUACCCAGAAGGUGGCUGAAGAAUUAGCAAGCAAGGUUAAACUACUUGAAAAUUUUAAUCAAAGUCAAACAGGUUUACCAGACGCAAUACAUGAAAGAUCUAGCAGUGAAGCAUCUUCCUUGCCUUCACGAUCAGAGAUAUCAGAAGUUGAAGAUUCGGGAUCAAUCGGCAAAAGAGUCACACCUUUGGCAAGAACUUCAAGAAGGGGAUCAAAUGACCAUCUAGCCUUAAGCAUCGAUCCAGAAUCUGAGCGUUUGAUUGAUGAACAUGAAACUCUUCAAGAUAAAGGUCAUAUAUUCAAGUCCUUGCAUACAUCUGGUCUUGUGCCAGUACAAGGAAAAAUCAUUGCAGAUCGGCUCGAUGGGAUAUGGGUUGCGGGUGGUGGGGCUUUGAUGAGUCGGCCUCGGGCAAGGCUAGGGCUCAUAGCCUAUUGGCUUGUCUUACAUGUAUGGCUUCUUGGAACAUUUUUAUGACCAACCAUAUGAUACUUUUAAUGAAGAAGAACGAGUAAGUUGUACCAUAGACAUAUAGUUCUUAGCUCCUACUUUUCACAUAAUUUUUUCAAUACCUUUUCUAGAAAUGUAAAUGUAUAGAAAUGAAUAGUCUAUUGUUCUUUUGAUUCUCUGCAGUUAGAUUUUUAGGAAGUCAGAGAAUCCAUAACUAUAAGCCUCUCUAUGUUACUGGAGAAUGGUAAAUACAUUGCUGUAAGUCUGUAGGCAUAUUGAGAUUCAGUACAAGAAUUUAAGAUUGCUGUUCAAAA